AUGUCGUCCAAAUAUGCGCUGAUAUCGCUGCCUCAAAGCGCCUUCGACUCUGGAAGCCGGGACGAGGCCAUCUCGUCGUUGAGCGCGACCAUCACCGCCGACAAUGGCACCGUCCUGCCUUUCGCCAUUCCCGACUUCAAGAUCGGAACUCUAGACCUGCUGGUCCAGCAAGCCGAUGACCUGGCCAAGCUCGACGCGGCGUGCCAGUCGGUCGUCGCCAAGGUUGCGGAUUCCUUGCGCACCGUGCUCAACAACGAUGAAGACCGAAUGGCCUCGUACAAGAUGGUCAAUGAUAAGCCAACCGAUCACUAUCUGCGCAACUUUAGCUGGAACAAGAUGAGGUACCGAGCCGAUAAACCUAUAGCUGAGCUCAUCAGCACUCUCCAGAAGGAGCUCAACACGGCCGACAAUGAUGUCAAGUCCAAGUUCAACCAGUACAACACCGUCAAGACGAACCUUGCAGCUCUGCAAAGGAGACAAACGGGCACUCUCGCAACGAAAUCUCUCACUCCGAUUGUGAAGCCAUCGCUCCUCGUCCAAGACUCCGAGUACCUCGAGACCCACCUCAUCGCCGUGCCGACGAAUGCAAAGAAGGACUUCAUUAAGAGCUAUGAAACGCUUGCGCCCAUGGUGGUGCCCCGGUCCUCGGUCGAAAUCGACCAUGACGACGAGUUCACACUGUUUGCUGUUGUGACGUUCAAGAAGCACAGCGCCGAGUUUGUCCACAAGUGCCGAGAGCAGAAAUGGACGCCCCGUCAGUAUAAGCAUGUCGAGGGCGGCCGGGAGGAAGAGCAGCGUGAGCUGGAUCGCGUCACCAACGAGGAGCGCAAGGUCUGCGGCGAGGCUCUGCGCAUGGGAAGGACUGGAUGGAGCGAAAGCGUCAUGAUCUGGAUCCAUGUCCUCACCUUGCGCGUCUUUGUCGAGGCCGUGCUACGAUACGGAUUGCCGCUGGACUACGCCACAGCUCUGAUCAAGACAACAUCGAAGCUGGCUCCCAAGGCAAAAGCAGCGCUCGACUCCAAGUACUCGUACCUGGGCGGAAAUGCGUUUGGACGAGACAAGCACGGCAGGGUCACCAAAGACGACGCCGCCCUCAGCUCGGAGAUGGCUGCGGCAGGACUGGGGACCGGCGAGGGACACGAGUACACGGCUUUUGUUUACUACGAGGCCGAAUUCCCCUGA